AUGACGAGCUUCAUCUCAAACAUCAUCUGGAACUCGGUGGAGGGCUUCGUAGAUGCCGGAAAGAAGACGGCGGGUCUCGAGAAGAAAGCAACAAGCUACGGCACCGCAAUCACCGGCCAAACCUACAAACCCACAGCCAAAGCCCUCCCUUCCACAGCACGAAAGCCCGUGGUCAAGCGUUCCAACUCGACCCCCGCGAGCAACAAGCCAACAACCAGUGGAACGCCGCUAGGUGCGAAGAAAUACCCAGGCAGUAACCAAGUGAACGGCGCUGUCGGAGGAGCAAAGAAGACGGUCGGAGGAACAGUCGGAGGACUGAACAAAACCGUCGGAGGAGUAACAGGCAACGCAUCCAAAGCCACCGGCGGCGUCAUAGGCCGCGCAAACAGCACCGUCGGCGCCGUAACCAACACCACCACAAAAACCACCGGAGGCCUCGUAGGCAGCGGCCAAAGAGCCAUCGGCGGAGCCACCAAAUCUAUCCCUCCCUUCAAGGGCCCCGGCGCAAUUCCCUCAGCCAACAAGGCUCUUCCAAAGCCUUUCCCAGAUACCAACGGCCUCCCCAAACCCGCGUACCCGACGACCAAGAAAGCCGCAGUCAAGCCCGGCCAACCGAAGCCGUUUACACCGCCCACUGAGCAAAAGAAACCGGAUCCGAAGAAAGCUUAUCCGGGGACGAAUACGCUGCCGGGAACGAGUCGGACGCCGGUGCAACAGCAGAGGUUGAAGCCGUUGCCGAAGGCGGCGCCGCAGAUUGGGCAGGGGCAGACUAUGUCGCAUCUUGCUAUUUAG